GAGCCUCCAUUUCAUCUUCUUCGAUCACUGUUGAAACAAACCACCAUUUCAUCCAUUUCCACUGUUCUUCUGCACUUCCAGUUUCUUCGAUUCUUCGCUUCAACCCUCAAUCAAUGCUCACAAGAAGAAAACUCCUGAACUUAUUCACAAUCCCCAAGCUAAUUUCCCACCAUCUCAAUGCAGUUCCACACCCCUUUUCUCCAACCCCUAGGGUUUUACUCUUCUACAGAACGCAAUCAUCAUCAUCCUCCUCCAAUUUCCCUGAAUACGAGAUGCCCUCUGUAACCUGGGGCGUCAUUCAAGGCCGCAAGGAGAAGCUCGUGUCGCGUGUCAUCAUCUUCGACUACCUCAAGGGUUUGGGAAUCAUCCCUGAUGAAUUGCACGACCUCGAGCUUCCUUCCACUGUUGAUGUCAUGAGGGAGCGCGUUGAGUUUCUUCAGAAGCUGGGUUUGACUGUGGAUGAUAUCAACAAUUACCCUUUGAUGUUGGGUUGCAGUGUGAGGAAAAACAUGAUCCCUGUGUUGGGGUACUUGGAGAAAAUUGGGAUUUCUAGGUCUAAGCUUGGGGAGUUUGUUAAGAGUUACCCUCAGGUUUUGCAUGCUAGUGUCAUUGUUGAGCUUGCCCCUGUUGUUAAAUUCCUCAGAGGGCUUGAUGUGGAGAGGCAGGAUAUUGGGUAUGUGCUGCUGAAGUACCCUGAGCUUUUAGGGUUCAAGCUUGAGGGUACCAUGAGUACUUCAGUGGCUUAUCUUAUUAGUAUUGGUGUGAAUCCUAGAGAUAUUGGUCCAAUGAUUACUCAGUAUCCUUAUAUGUUGGGGAUGAGAGUUGGGACUAUGAUAAAGCCUCUCAUUGACUACUUGGUUUCUUUGGGGUUGCCUAAGAAGAUUUUGGCAAGGAUGUUGGAGAAGAGAGCUUAUAUACUUGGGUAUGAUCUUGAAGAAACUGUGAAACCAAAUGUGGAUUGUUUGGUCAGUUUUGGGGUAAGGAAGGAAUGUCUGCCUUCCAUUAUUGCUCAAUACCCUCAGAUUCUCGGGCUUCCUGUUAAGGCGAAAAUGUCUUCGCAGCAGUACUUUUUCAGUUUGAAGCUGAAGAUUGAUCCUGAAGGGUUUGCGAGGGUGGUGGAGAAGAUGCCACAGGUGGUUAGCCUUCACCAGAAUGUGAUCAUGAAGCCUGUUGAGUUCCUCCUCGGUAGGGCGAUUCUGUCGCAGGAUGUGGCUAGCAUGGUCGUCAAGUGUCCUCAGUUAGUUGCGCUGCGAGUUGAGCUCAUGAAGAACAGUUUUUACUUCUUCAAGACUGAGAUGGGGAGGCCCGUAAAAGAGCUUGUAGAGUUCCCUGAAUACUUCACUUAUAGUUUGGAAUCCAGGAUUAAACCCAGGUACCAGAGGUUAAAGAGCAAGGGGAUAAGGUGUUCUUUGAAUUGGAUGCUGAAUUGUAGUGACCAGAGAUUUGAAGAGAGAUUGCAGGGUAAUUACAUUGAAUCUGAAAGUGUCGGUCCAUCGUUCUUUAUGGGGGGGAAAUUAGAGCUACCUGGCAAUGCGAUAUUGUCAGAUGAAGAAGAGGAGAGUGAUGAUGAAAUGCUAUAUAGACGAACUGUUUCUCUUUAGCUUAACAAUACAUAUAUUGUUUUUUUGCUACUAUAGUUGCAAUAAUUACAAUGUAUAAUUGUCAUCAAAUGAGUACAAUGAUUUCUAUCUUUCAAUUUUAUUUUAUUGUUACAUUC